GAUACAAAUGGGUGGUCAGCAAGUGAAAAUUGGAAGUGAAGCCGAUGAUCAGAGAGCUUCUGAUCACAAUCAAACCAAAGAAGCCUCCCCAGAAAAGCUGGUUACCGUCUUGAGAUACUUUAAUGGAUUUCAAUCUACCAAAUCUUAACACAAUCAUAGCAGGAUUAUUCUCCAUAAUAAUCCUUUCCUACUUCAUCCAGAAGAUGUUUGGAGCUUCUAAGAGCAGAAAACCACCCGAAGCUGCCGGCCGAUGGCCUCUGAUUGGCCACCUCCAUCUGUUAGGAGGUAAAUCCCAGCUUCCCCAUAUUGUUUUGGGAUCCUUAGCAGAUAAAUAUGGAUCAGUUUUCUCCAUCAGGAUUGGGGUGCAUUCAGCUUUGGUGAUAAGUAGUUGGGAACUGGCUAAAGAGUGCUUCACAACAAACGAUGUUGUCCUAGCAUCUCGUCCAAAACUAGCUGCUGCAAAGAACUUGGGCUACGACUCUGUCAUGAUGGGAUUCAGCCCCUAUGGCUCUUACUGGCGUGAAAUGCGCAAGAUAAUCUCCCUGGAGCUGCUCUCGACCCGCCGGCUCGAGUUACUUAAGGAUGUCCGAGCAUCAGAGAUGGAGACUUCCUUGAAAGAGCUGUACAAGGUUUGGACAGAGAAGAAAGAUGGGUCGGACGGCGGCGGCGGUGGAGUUUCGGUGGAGAUGAAGCAGUGGUUUGGGGACUUGGCUCUCAAUGUGGUGCUUAGGAUGGUUGCUGGAAAAAGGUACUUUGGUGCUGCUGCUACAGCAGACAAGGAAGCUCAGCGAUGCCAGAAGGCGUUCAGGGAAUUCUUUCACCUGAUGGGGCAGUUUUUGGUGGGGGAUGCUAUUCCUUAUCUUGGGUGGAUGGAUUUGGGUGGCCAUGUGAAGGCCAUGAAGAAAACCGCAAAGGAGAUGGAUUGUAUGGCUACAGAAUGGUUGGAGGAGCACCGGAAGAACAGGGUUUCAGGUGAAUCUAAACAGCAGCAGGAUUUCAUGGAUAUAAUGUUGUCAGUUCUUGAGGGUGCUGACCUUGGUGAUUUUGAUGCUGACACUGUCAAUAAAUCCACUUGUUUGAACAUGAUAUCAGGAGGGACAGACACAACCAUGGUUUCUCUAACAUGGGCACUCUCUCUAUUAUUGAACAAUCGCCAUGCCUUAAUAAAAGCUCAAGAGGAACUUGACAUGCAUGUGGGCCGAGGAAGACUAGUCAAUGAAGGAGAUAUCAGCAAGUUGUUCUACCUCCAAGCCAUUGUCAAAGAGGCACUAAGGCUAUACCCACCUGGACCUCUCCCAGGACCACGAGAAGCCGCAGAAGACUGCACCAUUGGUGGCUUCCAUGUUGCAAAAGGCACACGAGUACUGGUCAAUCUGUGGAAAAUCCAGACAGACCCUAAAAUAUGGUCUGAGCCAUUAGAGUUCAAGCCAGAGAGGUUCCUCACCACCCACAAGGAUGUUGAUGUCAAGGGUCAGAAUUUUGAGCUCAUCCCUUUUGGCAGCGGUAGGAGAGGUUGCCCUGGUAUCUCUUUCGGUCUUCAGAUGCUGCACCUGCCUCUUGCAAGUUUGCUUCAUGCCUUUGAGAUUUCCACCCCAUCAAAUGCUACUGUUGAUAUGUCAGCUACCUUUGGAAUGACAAACAUCAAAACCACACCACUUGAUGUUGUUCUCAAACCUCGCUUAUCACCGAAUCUUUAUGUGUGAAUGUUUAGCAUUAAUGCUAGCAUCCGUACAGGAUUUGCUAUUUGUUGAUCAAUCACACCGACUCAUGCAUGUGGUGCGAUGGCUGGUGCAUUUAAACCACAUUAUAAAUCAGUGUGAGUAAUCAAGAAGUAGAUAAAUCAUGGAUGAAGAACAAUAUUUCUAAUAAAAACUUGUAAUAUUAGAGUUCGGCUUGGAUUCAAUUCUAGUUGAAAUUGAAUCCGUUGAAUUUGCUUUAAUGCCCUGUAUUGAUUUCUAAUCAAUUGGGUUAAGCCAGUUCCUGUAUAUUUUGAUUUAGUCAAUGAUAUAUAUAUAUAUAUAUAAUUCUGUGGCA